AGCUCCUUGCCCCGGGCCAGGGCGCUCAGGCUCGCCCACGGCGCCACUGGGCAUGCUCAGAGACGGCCGCGGGGGCAGGUUGGCUCCGCGGGCGCUCGCACUCGGCGGCGGGCCGGCGGACGCGCGGCUGCAGCUGGAGCUCGGGCGCCCGGAGUUGGAGUUGCCGGGAGUUUCCCGCCCCCCACUGCUCUCUCUGCGCGCGCGGCGGCAGGAGUCGGCGCGGAAGCCGCCAGCCGGCGCGAGCCAACAGCGCCCGGGCGGGUCAGCUGUGUCCGGAGCCGGGAGCCCAAAGCGGGGCAGCCCCCAGGGAGGAGCCCCGCCAGCUGGGACGCGUGCCCUGCACUGACACGACCCGGGCACCAGCCAGGCUGCACGAAAAUUUGCUGCGUGCCCUCCUCGCUUGCUCGACGAUGAGUGCCAAAUCUGCCAUCAGCAAGGAAAUUUUUGCACCUCUUGAUGAAAGGAUGCUGGGAGCUGUCCAAGUCAAGAGGAGGACAAAGAAAAAGAUUCCGUUUUUGGCGACUGGGGGUCAAGGCGAAUAUUUAACUUACAUCUGCCUGUCAGUGACAAACAAGAAACCCACACAGGCGUCCAUCACGAAGGUCAAACAGUUUGAAGGCUCCACGUCGUUUGUUCGGAGGUCGCAGUGGAUGCUCGAGCAGCUUCGCCAGGUUAAUGGAAUCGAUCCUAACCGGGAUUCUGCAGAGUUUGAUUUGUUGUUUGAAAAUACUUUUGACCAGUGGGUCGCCAGCACAGCCUCAGAAAAAUGCACCUUCUUCCAGAUCCUCCACCACACCUGCCAGAGGUACCUCACAGACAGGAAGCCGGAGUUUAUUAACUGUCAAUCAAAAAUUAUGGGAGACCCGGAUGGAGUUCCCGGCUCCUGGCUUUGGUGUGGCCCAGGCUCGGCUGUUGCAGGUGAACAAGUAGGUGAGAGAUCUCUGUCUGCCUCCUUCAGUUUUUCUACCUUCAGAUAAAAUGAAAGUAAAUAAAUAAAUUUUUGUUUUUAAAAAUAAGAGUAUCACUAAAAAUAACAAUGUAGAUAUUUAAAGUAUACAAUUAGAAAAGUCCAGGUUGGGAAAUUUUUGUUGAUGUUAUUAGAAUCCUAGCAGUGUAACCAUUGUAUCAAACACAAUGUGUUCAUGGUACUUUGUGACCCACAAACAUAGCGAUAUGUUAUGGUAGAACACUGUUGACUAAGCGUGACAUUUUUUAAAAAUUUUAUUUAAGAUGUACAAAUUUCAUAUAUACAGAUUCAGAAACAUAGUGAUACUUUCCACCCUACCCUCACUCCUGCCUAAGGUCCCACCCUUCUUCCUCCUCCCUCUCCUAUUCCCACUCUUAAUUUUUUCUUUAGAUUUAUUUAUUUUAUUUGAAAGUCAGAGUUACACAGAGAGGAGAGGCAGAGAGAGAGAGAAAGAGGUCUUCCAUCCGCUGGUUCACUCCCCAGUUUGCCACAAUGGCCAGAGCUGUGCGGAUCUGAAGCCAGGAGCUUCUUCCAGGUCUCCAAUGCAGGUGCAGGGGCCCAAGGACUUUGCUCUGCUUUCCCAGGCCAUCGCAGAGAGCUAGAUCAGAAGCAGAGCAGCCUGGACUGGAGCUGGCACCUACAUGGGACACCGGCACUGCAGGCAGCAGCUUUACCCGCUACGCCACAGCACUGGCCCCCCUACUCUUAAUUUUAAAAAGAUCUAUUUUCAGUAUACUUUACACUCACAAGAUUAACCCUACACUGAGAGUUCAUAGACACACAUUUUUCUUUUUAUUGCUUAUUGGCUACUAGCUACCCUGAAAUGCAUGCUGUGAAACAGCUGGUAGGUUAUACUUAGUCGUCCAGAGCUGGGAGUGACUUCAAGCAUUAAAUGCUUUUGAAUCAUCCCUGUGUGUAAAAUCUUGAACCCAAUCGAGGCUGCAUGAGGGUCUUUGCAAGGUAUCCUUUAAUGGUUUGAAAAAGAUCAUGAACAUAUUUUGCCUAUUCGAUGGUUAAAUGAUCUGCAAUUAAUGAGAGACAUUUCUACUUUCAGAAUCAACCAGAAGACAUAAAUAUGCAACUUGAUAUAGUGAAAAGAGCACAGAACUGGAUUCACUUGCUAGAGGGGAGAAGUUUCUAGUGAUACACAGAGCAGUGUGGUGACUAUAGUUCACAGCAAUCUACUGUAUAUUGUCAAUAUACAUAGAAGAGAGACGCUCAAAGCCUCCAUUCAUAGUCAUGACAAAGAGACAUUUGAACAGCAUAUACUGUAUACAUUUAUUGAAAUGUCACACUGAGCACUAUAAAUUAUGAAAUUGUCACUAAACAUUUUUAAUAUUUAAAGAGAUGGAAAUGCUAACUAACCUGAUUUGAUCUUCACACAUUGAAUAAAUGUGUUCUUAACUCACUGUUCUCCAUAAAUAUGUUCCAUUGAAAUAAAUUUUAAGAUCCUUAAGUAAAUCUUUAAAUUUUAAAUGGGCUUUUGGAGAACUGGCAAUAAAUGCCUGAAUAUUCUCAUUUUCAAAUUGGAAAUUAUAAUGCAUGUAUUUACAAUAUCAUGUGAAUUCUUCCAGUGUAUUUAUCAAAAGGCUUUACUGGGGAGAGCAUUUAACCUAGCUGUUAACACACCUGUGUCCUGAAUCACAGUGCUGGCAUUGGAUUCCUGACUCCAGCUUCCUGCUAACGCAGACCUUGGAAGGCAGCGGUGAUGCCUCAAAUAAUUGGGUUUCUGCCACCCCCGUGGGAGGCCUGGAUUGAGUUCUGAGAUCCAUUUCUGGCCCCAGCUGCUGCAGGCAUCUGGGGAGUAAACCAGCGGAUGGAAGCACUCCCUUGCUCGCUGUUUCUUUGCUUUUCAAAAAAAAAAAGAGUAACUUUUGGAAAAGCCUUUUCUUAUGAAAGAAAGCAGAGAAUAUUAUUGAGUUUUCCUUAU